AUGGCCUCACGCGACGUCGAGGCCCCUGUCGACCCCAAGUUGGCGGCGGCCACCGCAUCGGCCGCCGACGCCAACCUCGCCAGCACGGCCGACGCCGAGCUGCUCGCCACGCUGGGCUACAAACAAGAGCUGAAGCGCAACUUCAGCACGCUCGAGGUCUUUGGCAUUGCCUUUUCCAUCAUGGGCCUGCUGCCGUCGAUUGCCAGCACGCUGGCCUUCUCGCUGCCGGCGGGGCCCGGCGGCAUGGUCUGGUCGUGGUUCGUGGCCUCGGGCUGCAUCUUUGUCGUGGGCCUGGCCAUGGCCGACCUGGGCAGCGCCAUGCCGACGAGCGGCGGCCUGUACUACUGGACGCACUACUACGCGAGCCCGCGCACGCGCAACUACCUGUCCUUCCUCGUCGGCUACAGCAACAGCCUGGGCCUGGUCGGCGGGCUCUGCAGCAUCGACUACGGCGGCGCACUCAUGUUCUGCUCGCUGCUCGUCAUCCACCGCGACGGCGACUGGGCGGCGUCCAACGGCACGGUCUACGCCGUGUUCCUGGCCAUCGUGCUGACGCACGGCGUGCUGGCGUCGCUGCUCAGCAGGGUCAUGAACAAGCUGCAGACGUUUGCCGUGUGCAUGAACAUCGCCCUGAUGCUGGCCACCGUCGUCGCGCUGCCCGUGGGCCUGACGCGCGCGGGCGUCCGCGGCGCCAACGACGGGCGCUUCAUCUUCGGGACGCUCGCCAACCUCGCCGCGUGGCCCCGCGGCUGGACGUUUAUGCUCGCGUGGCUGUCGCCCAUCUGGACCAUCGGCUCCUUUGACGCCUGCGUGCACAUGUCCGAGGAGGCGUCCAACGCCGCCAAGGCCGUGCCGCUGGGCAUCCUCUCGUCCAUCGGCAUGUGCUGGCUGCUGGGCUUUGUGCUCGUCAUUGUCAUUGCCGCCUGCAUCGACCCCGCCAUCGACAACGUGCUCGGCAGCGUCUACGGCCAGCCCAUGGCCCAGAUCUACUACGACGCCCUCGGCAAGAGCGGCACCCUCGGCUUCAUGUCGUUUUUGUUCAUCGUGCAGUACCUCAUGGGCCUGUCCAUCCUCGUCGCGGGCUCGCGCCAGGCCUGGGCGUUUUCGCGUGACGGCGCCCUGCCGUUCUCCAGCUACCUCCGCAAGAUUAGCAAAACGUUCGGCUACAUCCCCGUCCGCACCAUCUGGGCCUGCGUCUUCGUCGCCGCCGUCCUCGGCCUCCUCUGCCUCAUCGCCCCCGCCGCCGCCUCGGCCCUCUUCUCCCUCGGCGUCGCCGGCAACAACCUCGCCUGGGGCACCCCCGUCUUCGCCCGCGUCGUCUGGGGCCAAGCCCGCUUCCGCCCCGGCGCGUUCUACACCGGCCGCUACUCCCUGCCCAUUGCCUGGUUCUGCGUCGUGUUUUUGCUCUACGGCAUCGUCCUCUCCAUGUUCCCCGUCGGCGGGCCCAACCCAGACCCGCAGGCCAUGAACUACACCGUGAUCAUCAACAUGGCCGUCUGGGGCGGCGCCUCGCUCUACUACCUCGUCGACGCGCGCAAGUGGUUCAAGGGGCCCAAGAUGACGCUGGGCGAGGGCGAGGGCAGCGACGGCAUUGUGGGCGACAUUGUGGGGAUUGCGGGCGUAGGCUUGCCGGUGGCGCCGACGGCGACGGCCGAGGAUACGCCGUCGACGGACAAGGAGAAGAGUGGCUGA